CAUUCCCCCUACUACCUCUGUUGUGGAACUUCUCUCAGUCAUGGAUGCUCCAGAGUACAACCGCUUUGUGGAUCCAGAGAAGAUGGAACUUAUGCUCCCAGACCAAGGACCCAAGGAGAUGAUAAGCACAGACUUCCAGGAGAUAAAACAGUUGGCUCGCCAGGGCUAUUGGUCCCGAAGCUACACUCUCAGGGGGAAGAUUUACCAGAAGCUGAUUGAGGACAUUCCAUGUCGAACAGUCACACCAGAUGCCAGUGUGUACAGUGACAUUGUGGGAAAGAUUGUGGGCAAACACACCAGCACUAACCUCCCUCUGCCCGAGUUUGUGGACAAUAGUCUGGUCCCAAGCUAUUGCCUGAAUGCACAGGGAGAAGAAGCUGUUCGAAAGAUCCUCUUGUGUAUUGCUAACCAGUUUCCUGACAUUUCCUUUUGCCCAACACUUCCAGCCAUUGUUGCUCUACUUCUGCACUAUAGCAUUGAUGAAGCAGAGUGUUUUGAGAAAACCUGUCAUAUGUUGGCUUGCAAUGACCCCAGCAAGAGGUUUAUUGACCAGAGCUUCCUUGCCUUUGAGUCUUCUUGUAUGACAUUUGGGGACCUUGUUAACAAAUACUGCCAGGCAGCCCACAGACUGUUGGUAGAAUUGUCAGAGGAUGUAUUGCAGGUCUACUGUGACUGGCAUCGGUGGCUCUUUGGGGAUCUGCCACUCAAUUACUUUGCCCGAGUCUUUGAUGUAUUCCUGGUUGAGGGUUACAAGGUGCUCUACAGAGUUGCUUUGGCAAUUCUCAAGUUCUAUUGCAAAGCAAGAGCUGCGCAGCCUGUGGAAACAGACAAUGUGAAGCACGAUAUCCGUAUGUUUGUCAAAGACAUUGAUAAGACAGUAUCCCCUGAGAAGCUACUGGACAAAUCCUUUGCCAUCCGUCUCUUCUCCAGGAAGGAGAUCCAGCUCUUGCAUAUGGCCAAUGAGACAGCUCUGAAGCAGAAAGGCAUCACUGUCAAGCAUAAGAGUGUUUCACCUUCUCAAAGGCAGUUCGUGCACUUGGCUGUUCAUGCUGAGAAUUUCCAGUCCGAUAUUGUCACUGUGAAGGAGAUGCGAGACAUCUGGUCCUGGCUCCCUGAACGGUUUGCUCUCUGCCGGCCUCUGCUGAUUUUCUCUACUAUGCAGCAUGGAUAUAGCCUGACAAGGCUUUUUUACCACUGUGAUGGACAUGAGCCAACUCUCCUUCUCCUCAAGACAACAGAGAAAGAGGUUUGUGGUGCUUACCUGUCGACAGAUUGGAGGGAUCGAAAUAAGUUUGGAGGCAAGCUGAGCUUCUUUGGGACCGGGGAGUGCUUUGUGUUUAGGCUGAAGCCAAAAGUUCAACGAUAUGUGUGGGUAGUGAUAAAACACCCAGAGCUGGUCAAGAAUCCAUCCUUAGACGCCUCAACUUCAGGUCUCCAGUUCACCCACACAACCUCCGCAGACCCCUCACGGCGGCUCUCACCUUUCUUGGCUGCUAGGCACUUCAAUCUUCCUUCAAAAGCUGAAUCCAUGUUCAUGGCUGGAUCCAAUGACUGCAUCAUCAUAGGUGGUGGAGGUGGUCAGGCUCUUUACAUCGAUGGGGACCUGAACCGAGGCCGCACAGGACACUGUGACACCUUUAACAAUGAGCCUCUGUGCUCUGAAAACUUCCUCAUCUCUUCCUUAGAAGUGUGGGGCUUCUGGAAUGCUGACAUACAAGAGUAGAGACAACCACACUCAUCAGUCCCUGCAAGGAAGACAAGGACAUUCAGGGGGCUCCCAGCACAGGAAGAAGGCUAAUCCCCAUUUUCAGGUCCUGAGCUUGGAUAGAAGCACAAGACCCUAUAAUCCUUUAAGGGACUCUCUCCAUCCCAGCUUUCUAUGAUGGCUACUGACCCCUCUGAGACCCCUCUGAAAAGUCAGCCUGUAGUCAGAGCCUGAAACUUCCCUUCUCUUCAUCCCCCAGGGAAUGGAUUAGUUUGAGCUAGAGCCUGUUAUGGGGAUCAGAUCAUUUCUGAAGACAGACUCAAGCUUUGCCCCAUGUGCUUAGAGACUUUGAUGUAAUCCAGAGUCCUGUCUCCUCUUGGGACAGAGCCCAUAGAUGGUGUUGGGGGACAGAUAAAUAGCAGAGAUGACCCUGUGUGAACUAAUUCCAAGGCAGGCCUAAGCCCUCUGGCUGUUCCUGAAGGGUAGGCUGGUGGGGUCAGGGAAGGAACCUUUGUUUUAAGGGUAAUCCAAGGUGCAGAUGAACAAGGCCUUGCAUGAAUUCCUCUGCAAUUGCACAUGGGGUCACCAGGCUUCCCCAGUUGUAGCCUUUGGGGCCACCCUUCUCUCAAAUCAUAGGUUCAAAUGUGGACAAACAAUCCUCCCAACAGGCACCUUAUCUUUCUGGGUUUUGGGAAAGGCUCAAGUCCAAGAGACAGAAGUCUUCAGAGGGGCUGGAAUUAACCCUGGAUGCUGGAAUUAGCACUGUCUACACAAAUCCCUCACGUCCUCAGCUGUCUGAAUCCCCUUUCACCUUCCUCCCUUGUCUAGGUACCUUGGUCCUUCUAUACCCUCAAAAAAGUCUCAUUGUGUGUAUAUAUGUGUCUUCCUUUAACACUGAAUCUGGUUUUCUGUGGCUGGGUGUUUUUCUGGUUCUUUUUUCUUUGGGUCUUGAUUUCUUCUCUUCCUGGGGAAAGAAGGGGAUGAGGGAUGGGUCUUUCUGAGGUUAUUAAACACCAGCCUCAGGUACCAGAACCUGAAGAACAGUGGUUCCAUUACCUCACCAAGGCGCAUGUUCCAUUACCUUGCCACUCCUUGGACUUUGGUGCCCUCGUGUGGUUCUUUUGCUCUUUGCCAUAAUAUAGAGGGAGAGAGUGACCUCUAGUGACUGAUACUUAUCCUUGGGUAUGUAAGAGAAGGUCGGAUCUCCUUUGGAUAGCCUUGUCCCAGCUGCCUCUCGUUCAGGGUUCCCCAAAGCCAGCAGAACGACGCAAUGGAAAAGAAAGAAGUUGCAGAAGUGUUUUUCAGGCAACGACUCCAAGCCGGGGCUGGUGCAGAUUUCCCUCUGGAUGUCUCCAUCAAGAGCCCCAAAUGAUUCACUCUGCCUUCCCAUCUCCUACUCUGGCUCUUCUCUAAGAAGGGGGAAGGCACCAUGGCACUUAGUCUUAUCUAGUCAUACAAUAAAACCUUGAUAAAAUUGAAAGUUACUUAUGGUUCAGUGGGCAAAAGGACAGCAUGGGCUGGAGGUUUGCCCUUGGAAACUGCCACAUCUGACUGAGUUCCCACUAACUAAAUAAACUUUGUUCUUUUGCUUG